CGAAUAAAAACAUUGAAUUAGGAAGGUUUUCUAGAAAGCAUGUUAGGCGUAAAAUGAGGUUUCCUCUGGAGAAAUCUCUUUUUUUGGCAGCUUUAUUUUUAAUCUGUCUUUCAUUCUCUCACGCAUCUCUCUUACCUACUGCCACAUUAUCAAAACUCGACGGCUUAGUUACAUUCACUCAAGUCGACGAUUCACAUGUAAAAGCUGAAGGGAAAUUCAAUAAAGACAUCGAAGAAAAUACAUUCGAUAACUACUUUACUCAAAUUGCAAAAGUAUCCUUCACUGAUUUGGGAAUUAAAAAUAGAAUCGCUUUAUUUUUAAUCUGUCUUGUAUUCUCUCACGCAUCUCCCUUACCUCGUGAUGUUGGUGAUAAAGCUGUUGUCGAAUUAGAAGGUGUCGACGGCAAAGUUACAUUCACUCAAGUCAGCGAAACGAAUAUAGAAGCUGAUGGGAUAUUCAAAAAAGGCAUUACUGAAAAUACACCUGAAAGAUACUUUGUUAAACUUGGACCUUUGGCAAAAAAAUCCUUCAAAGAUGUGGGAAUUAAAAUAGUACCACCUGGUACUAAACCCUGGAAAUCGACUGGCCAAGGACUAGUUAAACAAAUAAUUGGUGUAGAAUACGAAAUUCUUCACGAUGAUGACGUAAUUGCUUCUGGAAUAAUCAAAUCUGCUUAA